GGCGCACGAGCAGAUUGGAAAAAGCUUCUUCCUGGAGUUGAUUUUGAUAAGGUUUUCAGCAAAAAACUCAGUCUGACUAAGGCUCAAGCAAGAAAGUUGUUUAUGGGUGAUUUAAACAAGAAAUUUAUACCAACGGCAAAGAGACUCAUUACCGGCUUUGAAAAUAUGUGUGGUGAACUUCAGGCAGCUAUAGUAGAUGCCCUUUAUCGUGGUGAUCUAGGUCCAAAGACCCAAUCCUUGAUAAACCAACGAAAGUGGAAGGAAGCCGGAGAAGAGUAUAUCGACCAUGGUGACUAUAGGAAGGCUGUUCAGGGUGUAAAAGGCUAUGCGGGGAUCAAAACAAGAAUGGAUCAGAACAAAGCUGUUUUUCAAAAACAAGUCGGAAAUGGCAACAUGCAAGAGUGUGAUGAAGAGAAGGUAACCGACAAGGUGACGCCAACAACAGCUCCUGUUUACAAUGAUAGCAAAUGCUCAAGUCGAGGAGGUUCUUGCAUGAUGACUUCUGAAGAUUGUGAGGGUAGCUUCAUCAUUAAGCAAUGCGGAGGCCCUCCAGAUAGACAAUGCUGCAUUCCCCCGAGCACACAACCCCCCGCAAAUAUCACAUCAGUUAGGCUACGGAUGACCUAUGAACUACAGGUUGUGAGUUGCCCACUUUCGUUAACACAAACAUCGGAGGCUUUGGAAAAGAUCUUCACAAAUAUUUUAGCUGAACUU